AUCAGACCUCUCCAACCCUAAAACCCCGAUCCGUCCUUCCAAUAUAAAUACGACGUAUUCCAGUAGAGCAACCUCUUGCGAAGCUAGGGUUUCUGAGCAACCGUGCUAAUGGGAAAAGGUACAGGAAGCUUCGGUAAGAGGAGAAACAAAACUCACACUCUCUGUGUGAGGUGCGGGCGCCGCAGCUUUCACCUUCAGAAGAGCACAUGCGCCGCUUGCGGGUUCCCUUCGAGCCGUAUCAGGAAGUAUAACUGGAGCGUGAAGGCGAUCCGAAGGAAGACCACUGGAACAGGUCGGAUGAGGUACCUUCGCCAUCUCCCGCGCAGAUUCAAGAGUAACUUUAGAGAAGGUACUCAAGCAGCUCCAAGGAAGAAGGGAGCCGCCGCUUCUUAAGGUGUAUGUGGACGUAAUUUUGGUAGAGUCUGUUCUAGCUUCAGUCGUAUUUGAAUUAUGAAUACUGGUUUUUAAGAUCCCCUCCGAUGAGUGUUUUAGCAGUAGAAGUUUUGUACUGGAGAUUAAUUGUUUACUACUUUUAUUAAUCUUUGUUUCAUUAUUUGAAGCAAUUGGUUUUCAUUUUGAAAUACAAUUUGGAUGUCUAAUUCCAGAAUCAACCUUUACUCUCA